AUGGACCGCGAACAAUUCCGGGCUGCGGCCCAUUCGGCCAUCGACGAUAUCGUCAGUUACUUCGAUUCCGUCCCCGACCGUCGAGUCCUCCCCGCCGUUGACCCUGGUUACCUGCGCCCAUUGAUCCCCGAGAACCCUCCGACCGAGCCAGAAGACUGGGCGAAGAUCCAAGAAGAUGUUGAUACCAAAAUCAAGCCCGGUCUCACCCAUUGGCAGUCUCCCAACUUCAUGGCAUACUACCCAGCCAGCGUGACGUAUCCGAGUAUCCUGGGCGAGAUGUACUCGGCGACUUUCACGGCGCCGGCAUUCAAUUGGCUGUGCUCACCGGCUUGUACGGAGAUGGAGACCAUUGUCAUGGAUUGGGUUGCCAAGGCGCUGGGUCUUCCGGAGUGUUUCUUGAGUACGUCCAAGAAUCUCGGUGGUGGAGUGAUUCAGAACAGUGCCAGUGAUGCUAUUGCGACGAUGUUGGUGGCUGCUCGCGAGAGACGCGUGCGCGAGAUGGUCCUCGCAGAGGGUCUGAAGGAGGGAACUACCGAGUACGAAGAGCGCAAAAUGGAUCUUCAGCCGAGGUUGGUUGCUAUCGCCAGUGACCAGACGCAUAGCAGUGCUGCCAAGGGUGCGUUGAUUGCUGGUACUCGGUUCCGCAGCGUGUCUACGCGGUUGGAGGAGAAUAUGGAGAUGACUGGUUCCCGGCUCCGGGAGGUCCUGGAGCAGUGUGAUAAGGAUGGGUUGACGCCGUAUCAUCUCACUAUGACUUUUGGUACCACCAACACCUGCAGCGUGGAUCGCUUUGCAGAGAUCAAGGCUGUUCUGCAGGAGAAGCCUGCGUGGCAGCGUAUCUGGGUGCAUGUCGAUGCUGCGUAUGCCGGAGCUGCUCUGGUGGCAGAUGAGUGGCAGUACAUUGCGAAGAACUUUGCGGAAGGCGUGGAUAGUUUCAAUAUGAACAUGCACAAGUGGUUGCUGGUCAACUUUGAUGCAAGCGUUCUUUUCGUCCGCAACCGUCUCGACUUGACCAACGCCCUCGAUAUUACCCCGACCUACCUGCGCAACCCAUACUCUGAUAUGGGCACCGUGAUCGACUACCGCAACUGGUCCAUCUCGCUGGGCCGUCGCUUCCGCGCUCUGAAGAUCUGGUUCGUCAUGCGCAGCUACGGCCUCAAUGGCAUGAAGGCACACAUCCGCAAGACUAUCGAGCUGGGCAACACAUUUGCCGACCUCGUCCGUGGCCGGUCAGAUCUCUUCGAGAUCGUCACCAAGCCUGCCUUUGCCUUGACGGUGUUCCGUAUCAAGAACCCUCAGGUGGCUAAUGGCAGUGCCAGCGGUGUGACUGUCGUGCAGAAGGAUGAGAUCGCUGAUGGUAUCACGAAGAAGGUAUAUGAGUUGAUUAAUGCCCGUGGAGAGAUUUUCAUUACUUCUACGGUGAUUGAUGGGAUUUAUGUCAUUCGCGUGGUGAGUGCGAAUCCCAUGGCCGAGGAGAAGUUUGUGCGCAAUGCUUUUGAUAUUGUUGUUCGGACGACGGAAGAAGUUUUGCAGGAGAAGAAAUAG